AUUAAUUAAUCGAAGUAAUAAACAAGUAGAUUUUUGUAAAAUAUCUUGUUGAACAAGGCCGCUCUCUGGUACUCAAAGAAGGAAGCUGGUAAUUUGGAUCCAAAAAAAUCAGAAAGCGAGUAAAGAAAAGAUACAGAGAGAGAGCUAAACAGAGCAGAGCAAGAGAGUUUUAAUGGCGCCAGAACCAGAAGAUGAGAUAAAGGACGAGAAGAACCCUAGGCCUCUGGACGAGGAUGAUAUCGCCCUCCUCAAGACUUAUGGUUUGGGACCUUACUCUACUCUUAUCAAGAAUGUGGAGAAAGAAAUUAAGCAAAUGGCUAAAAAGGUCAAUGAUUUAUGUGGUAUAAAAGAGUCUGACACUGGCUUAGCUGCUCCCAGCCAGUGGGAUCUUGUUUCUGAUAAGCAAAUGAUGCAGGAGGAGCAGCCUCUUCAGGUGGCACGAUGCACAAAGAUCAUUAAUCCAAACUCUGAAGAUGCCAAAUAUGUUAUAAAUGUUAAGCAAAUUGCAAAGUUUGUUGUAGGGCUGGGUGACAAAGUUUCACCAACUGAUGUAGAAGAAGGCAUGCGUGUGGGGGUUGAUAGAAACAAAUAUCAGAUUCAGAUUCCCUUGCCUCCAAAAAUUGAUCCAAGUGUCACUAUGAUGACAGUUGAAGAGAAACCAGAUGUGACAUAUAAUGAUGUUGGUGGAUGUAAGGAGCAGAUUGAAAAGAUGCGAGAAGUGGUUGAACUUCCCAUGCUUCAUCCUGAAAAAUUUGUGAAGCUUGGAAUUGAUCCUCCUAAGGGUGUUCUCUGUUAUGGUCCUCCAGGAACAGGCAAAACACUUUUAGCUAGAGCUGUAGCUAAUAGAACCGAUGCUUGUUUUAUUCGUGUUAUUGGAAGUGAGCUUGUCCAGAAAUAUGUUGGUGAGGGGGCUCGAAUGGUUCGUGAGCUAUUUCAGAUGGCACGAUCAAAAAAGGCAUGUAUUGUCUUCUUUGAUGAAAUUGAUGCCAUAGGAGGGGCACGGUUUGAUGAUGGUGUGGGUGGGGACAAUGAGGUGCAACGCACAAUGCUUGAAAUUGUGAAUCAGCUUGAUGGGUUUGAUGCUCGUGGAAAUAUCAAAGUUUUAAUGGCAACAAACAGGCCUGAUACGCUAGACCCAGCCUUAUUACGCCCUGGACGCUUAGAUCGAAAGGUUGAGUUUGGACUCCCUGAUUUGGAGAGUAGGACACAAAUAUUUAAGAUCCAUACACGAACAAUGAACUGUGAAAGAGAUAUUCGGUUUGAACUUCUGGCUCGGCUUUGCCCAAAUUCAACUGGAGCUGAUAUAAGGAGUGUAUGCACAGAAGCUGGAAUGUAUGCGAUCCGGGCACGACGAAAGACUGUAACAGAGAAAGACUUCCUUGAGGCGGUGAACAAAGUCAUCAAGGGUUACCAAAAGUUCAGUGCCACACCUAAAUACAUGGUUUACAAUUGAGCAACUGAUUCGACUUUCAUCUGAAGUUCAAGUGCUCUUUUUGGUCCACAGGGAUGUGAAUCUCUCCACAGGGAUGGAGAUUCACAAGCAUCUAAUAGGAUUGGUUAAAAACAUUUUGAGACGUGUAAGUCACUAAUUUUAUUAAAGCAGUGUCAAUGUUGAAGUAGUCUUUUCUGUUUAAAUAAAUAAAACAAAAUGACUUAUAUUUAUCAAGAUUGGUAUAGUUGAA